CAUCACUCUCCUCAAUUCUCUCUGUUGCGUCAAAAUUCAAAAUAAACCACUAAAAAUGUCCUUGCCAUCUGAUGUCCCCUCCUCCUCGGGCACUUCUCACGAGAUCUUUCCCAUCGAAGACACAAACUUCUCUUCCUACUCCAUUUCCAGCAACUCAAUCCUGAUCCCGCCGACCAAUCCCAAAGAAAAUUCAAAACCACUAGUCGUAGAUCUACCAAAACCGAAAAAGGAAUCCACCAAAUCUACUUGUAUAUGCAUUCUUCUCACAUUCAAGCACCAAAAUCCAAAACCCAAAUCAGUUAACAACAACAACGGCGAACCCAGAUUGACGGAGCCAGAGCCAAAUGAAAACAACGGCGGGAGAAACGAAACCAGGCCAAAUGACGGCAGCGGACAAUCAAGCGCUGUUGUGACUUAUUAAAGCCAAGAGUGAUUUUUUCGAACAAGGCUUCACCAGGUUUAUGCUGAUUUUUCCUCAACACCAACGCCUUUUUUUUACAGCAGAAUUAAGGAAGGCCUCAACGAACAAGGGAGGGGGUUAUCAGAGGAUCAAUCCCACUAAUAGGGAAAAGAGAAACAAGAAGGCUAUCUUAUUGGGGAGUCCUGAAAUUGCUGGCGAUGUUGAAAAGUACCUUGUAGCCAAACUAAAGAAAGCACUUGAUGAAUCAGAGAGAGCAGAACACCGUAUCCAUGCCAAACCAGCUCAACUCUCUCCCAAAUUCAAGCGUGUGAAGGAAUUACUUGACUUUCCAAAUCACACAACAAAUCUGAGGGAAAAGCUUUACACCCUCGAAAACUUGUUGGGAAGACGGCAAACGCAGCUAAAGAAGAACAAAAACCCAUACUCCCCGACAUCCCUUUCACUCGUUUUCAAAUUCGCAAAGUUGGAUAUGAUUUGUAAGCAACUCUAUGUGGUUGAUGGAAGCCAUAUUACUCAUUCAGUGGGUGGAACUAGCAAUGAACCCAUCUUGGGUGAAGAAAUUCAAGUUUAUCGAUGGAGUGAUGAAUUCGUGGACGAAACUAAGGUUCAUGGAAUUCAUGUCGAAGCCUUGUAUCUUCAGAAAAGAUUCAUUUCGGGGAACGAUGACGAUGAUCUUCGGUUUAGUGUGAUUGGAGUUGUUGGGAUGAUAGGAAUAGGAAAAACUACACUAUCCCAAUUGGUUUUCAACAAGCCAGAAGUGAAGAACCACUUUUUUCCAAGAAUCUGGGUAUGCGUGUCAAAACAGCCCAAUGAUGAUUCUGAUCCUCGAAGGGAGAUUGUGAGGAGAAUGUUGAUAUCUCUUGGAGUUGAAGAAACCCUCACUGAUUCGGCAAAAGAGAAAGACGGCCUUAAAGUGCUUCUCUUGGCACUCCGCAUGCAAUUAACAGGCAAGAGGUACCUAAUUGUACUAGAUGAUGUAUGGAGCGAAGAAGAAAAGUACAGUCCGUUGAUUUUUGUACUUUCUGUUCUUUAGAGAAAGAUGUAUACAUUUGCUCUGAAAAACUUGCCUACGGAUUGCCGAAAGGGUAUGGGGGAGCGGUUAUUGUAAAUACUAGGAUUGAGAAAUUGGCGUUUGAAAUGGUGGGUGAGGAUAACUUGCAUAGAAUGCCUUUUUUUGAUCCGGAGAGUUGCUGGAAGAUUUUCGUAGAUUCAGCCAGGGAAUAUCACAAACAGUUGGAGGAUUUGAAAGGGAAGAUUGUUGAGAAGUGUGCCGGGCUUCCAUUGGCUGCAAAAAUGAUGGGGCAAUAUUGCGAACCUGAAAAACCAACAGUUCCAGUGAUUCAGAGCGAUUGAGGAACACCAAUGAUUGAAGCAGAUAACAAAUUAGAGAAAAGGGUUAUUGAUUCAGUUGUCAUUUGUUUGUAAUUUUUCUCUCUCUCGAGUCUUGAGAAUUAGCAUUGACGUAGUUUUGUUUUCGAUAGUUUUUUAGUCCCUUCUGUUUUGUCUCUGGAAAGGGUGAUUUGGGUUGUCCAGGAAUCAAGAAGGAAAUUGGUUGGUAA